UGACCAGGAACGACUGGAAAGUCGACAGGAACGCAAGAAAGUCCAUAUUCGAGGCGUUCAUGCCGUGACAUUUGAUCUCGCAGUGAAAUGUCAAAGGUGAAAAGAACUAACUGCACAGAGGAACUAGACCUUAGAAAUGCUUUCAAGGACCCUGAAUCCAAAUUAAAAAUGUGCCAACAUAAGUUUAUUUUCAGAAAACAUAUGAUUUCUUAUGUUAAAAGGUGUCAAACUCUUACAGAACCUGCUUGGAAACAUAGUGGUUGGAUAAUCGUACGCCAAAGAUGAAAGACCAUUUUACAACCAUGCAUCGAACAAAGCCUGCACCACUCGCAAAGAUGAUGAGGUUGAUGAGUCUGAUCCUCUUCCAUGUACCUGUGUACUUACGCUCCCUCGCUCAGGCUGAUUUCGGGAGCGCACCAACCAAGGAAGAACCCAGCGAAGACGACGGGGAAAAUAUGGAAAGGCUAUUUUAGUGUUACAGCGAGACCCCUUGAUGGCAGAACCUUUGCCAUUUUUUUCAUCAAACCAUACCAAUGGGGAAAACCUGCGUUUGAAAGUAAAGUGCAAAGUGAUCUAGUCUGAGAGUCAAAAACAAUGAAUAGAGUGUCAAGAAAAUCAGCGGUGAUAGUGCUCAUUGCGGCCAUUUUUCUACCUUUAGACAUUCAAGUUAGUGGACAACUUAGGUCCAGAGCCAACAAACAUGGGCGAGAAAAAGCCGAUGCCCACUUAACUCAGUAUUUAUUACAACGACUUUUAGGAGAUUCCACGCCCAAUUCACCACGGAUUCAGAGACCUCCUUCCACAGCCACGGUUGAAGAUCGAAUCUUUGCCGCUGAAGGCGAUCCUAGUGUCGUGUAUCCUCAAUAUCAAAGAGAUGACAUCCGGAGAUAUUUGGACGAAGCCAAAGAACAAAUUGACGUCAUUGAUUUCCGGACUCCAAGACGGAGUCUGGAGAAGAGUGAUUACGUCCGCCGCCCUCGAAACAAUCUCUCCGGUGACCUUCAGUUCAGCGAUGGUCCCGCUGAUGAGACCACAUCCGAGUCGCGAACCACUCAGACCCGAGGGACGCCAGGGACACGAGGAUCCAGUGGGUCUGCUUCGGAGCAAGUCCCAAUUAAGUUGGCAUUUCCUGGCAAUGAAUUCACACGCAAAUCAUCUUCCUCGGGCUGCACAAACUGUAUUCCAGAGGCCACAGGGCUGCCAAAUCGGUGGACAAUGCCACUCACCACGUUGGGAUCGAAACAGUACUACCUCGGCGUUUUUUUCAAGGCCAAUUGGUAUAAGGCUCAGCAGUAUUGUCGGUUCCAUGGGAUGCAUCUAGCGUCCAUUAACUCGGCGGAGGAGCAAAGGGAUCUUCAAGAACAUGUCCAGGCAUAUGGCAUGGGUCAUGAACACUUCUGGACUUCGGGCACCGAUCAAGGUGAGGAAGGCAAGUUCUUUUGGCUUUCCACGGGAAAACCAGUAACCUACAGCAAUUGGAAUGCCGGCGAACCCAAUAACUUUGAGUAUGAGGAUGGAGAACAAGAGCAUUGUCUGGAGAUGUGGGACCGUGAUGGCAAAGGUUUGGGUUGGAAUGACACGCCCUGCUCUUUCCAAACUUUCUUUGUCUGCGAGGUUUGAACCAGUUCUCGUACCCAUGUAUAGCCAUCAUCCAAGUUCAAAGUCAUAGUUGAUUCCCAAUCGAAAUCGAUUUCAAUCUCAGCCCAAAUGUGAAGACAACUUUGAAUUUACGCUACAUUAGUGCAUCCGCUCAACAAUUCAUUCUAGUCCACGCACUUCUGAGUAAGCUCUCAUUGAACUUGAUGCCACAAAUUUGUAUUUUUGAUCUAUUGAUUUUCUCGCUGGUUAUGAGGCACACAUUCGCCAUCAAUGUAAUCCAGAUCGUUUGUUCUAUGUCAAUGUCGACCUUAUUUUUCCUUAAAUGACAAAUAAAUGAAGUCAUAUCGA